CUCCGCGCUUGCUUGGAUUCGGGAUUCAAGAUGGCUGUAUGGCAUUCUGAUUUUCUUCAUUGUUUCCGGGUGUCCGUGUCUGCGGCUGCUGUCUCAAUAAAGCGCUGCAGUUGUCAAUGAGGGAGAAAGAGAGAAGAGCAGGUAAAACAAAUUUUUACACCAAAAAAAAGUGUGGAGCUGCUCCAUCAGCGCUCAUACUAUGGAGCUUCCGAAUCACAGCAAGCAGCUUCUGCGGCAGCUGCACAGUUUGCAGAAGGAACACCAGUUCUGUGAUUGCACCAUUCUUAUUGGUACUGGUCAGUUCAGAGCACACAAGCUAGUUUUGGCUGCCUCCAGCUCGCUGUUCAAGUCAUUGCUUCAGGAUACUGAUACUGUCUCAAUUAACUCCUCUGUUGUUAGCCCAGAUGAAUUUAUGCUUUUGCUGGAAAUGGUUUACUCAGGAAAACUGCCACCUGGGAAGCACAACUUCAGCAGAAUCAUCUCUGCAGCUGAUAGUCUACAGAUGGUGGAUGUUGCUAUGAGCUGCAUGGACUUUUUGGCUAAUGUAAUGGGUCAGCAAGGACCAAAAGAACCCUACAAUGUGGUCUCGCAGAAAGACUGUGGAUUAAAGAAUAUAUUGGCCAAAAAGAACAGACUGUCUCAUUCAGACUGGAAUGUGGGGAUGCCCCAAGAUAUUCUGUCACAGGAUGAGAUUUUUGCCCUGGAUUCAGUCCUGACCCCCGCUGAAAGAGAUGGAGCAGAAAGAAACAGAGAUGAACUUUGUGUCAGACGAGGAAGAUUUGUAUUUCCAGGUAUAUUGCUUUUGGAGAUUCUCACUUUUAAUUUGGCAUCUAUAUGGAAAGAAAGGGAAGAAAAGAUGGCAAUUAAUGACCCAUGGGAGAGUGUUGCCAUUGACUUUUCUGAGAGGUAUGUGGAACUUGAGAGAGCCUUAAUAAAGGAAGUUACAACUUUUUAUGAUUUGAAGCUGCUUGAAAAAUACAUCAGCACAAAUGUUACACCUAGGGGUCUGAGAGUCGAGCGAUUACCUGCUUUUGAAUUUUCUGAGGACGAGUCCGAUUUGUCCUCAGAAUGGAAAGAUAUAUCUUUAAAGUGCACACUAGGCUGGUUAAGUGUGCUUGUAAAAAGAAAUGAAAGAACAUUACAGAAGGUUCGUACUUCUAUUCUGCAUUUACAAGAAAAACUCAUUGAGGAGAGUUCGGUGACUGUCUUCAAUAAAAAUCUAGUUGAAAUCAAGAACAGAGUCUCUAAAAUCGAAGCGGAGGUAAUUUCACGUAAAAAGAGAAAAUACCUCCGUGAUGUUAAAGAUCAUGAUUCAGAUGGAGAAGUAAUUAGAAGGGAGCCAGAUUUCUCCAUUAAGCAAGAUGUCAGUGAAGCUAUUGGCAGCUCGUGUUCCUUCCUUGAAAAAGCAGAAGAAAAUCAAGAAGUGACUGACUCUGAAAAACAGGUGACCACAGAAUCUGUUUCAGGAAUUGAAGGACAGAUAUUCAGCAAUCCAGUAGAAGAACCAUGUGGUGAAAAGGAAGUGGCAACUUGUAGCGAUUCUGUAUUGGAUUUGAGUAAGGAUACAAACCCCUGUAUAAAUGCUGCAGUGCAGGAACAAAGUCCAUCACAGAUUGAAGAACUUCAUAUAGAAGAUCACAAAAUAGAAGAGAAUUCUCUCUUUGCUCUUCUCCUGGAACGAAGGGAUGAACUUAUAUACAGUGUGACUAAGUUGAGCCCGAUUCUUGAAUGUUUGGACUUAAAUGAGGAAGGUUUUCUUACUGACUAUGAAAAACAGGUAAUUUUUAGUUGUUGCGUUGGUGAGUCACACAAAGGUGCCAUGAGGAAAUUGUUGCAUCGAGUAGAGCAAGAUAAAGCACUUAGCCCAGACACUCUGUUGCGACUUUUGCACCAUAUAAAGGAGUCUUUUCCAAGUCUGAAGUUACUUCUGGAACAGCUUAAAAGACAGACAGAUAAAUUGAAGCUUGAGGAUUAUGGUACCGAGCUGCUUGAACUGAAUCAGAAGAACAUAAUGGAAAUACUUCAGGAUCCUGAUCUACUUCGGCAAGGACUCUCUCAAACUAGAGAUAUUCCAGCCAAAGACAGACAGGUGAUGGAAGAAGUUCUGAAUGGGUGUGUGGAUUCAGGAGACAUUAGCGACAGACUGUCAUCCGCUCUGAAGAAACGUACACUGUCAUCAUUGUCUGUCUGGAGGUUUUUGCUGAGUAUGCGGGAAUCUGAGCCUACCCUAGGAACACUGAUAAAGGAAAUUAAGAAGGAACCAGAAGUGGAGCAGCUCAUACAGGCAGACAAGGAAAGCAAAGCAAUGGAAAUCCUGAUGAGACAUAGCAAAUUGAUUACUGAUGCAGUUGAUGAUGUGUCUGCUUUUCGUGAUCACUUGACACCAGAAGUCGAGGACUUGUCAGAAGAUGCAGUUGAGCUGCUGAGGGGCUGCUGUGACCAGGAAAAUGCCAUUGAACCAAUCAGAAAGAUUCUUCAAGAAGUCUUGGAGAAAAAAUCCAUCCCUGUUCUAAAAUUCUGUGCUUUUCUAUGUAGCAUGGUUAGCACCUUCCCAAACCUGAGGGCUGUUUGUCAAGAAAUUGAGGGUGCAGAACUUCUGAAGGAAGCGGAUGCACAUUUGGAAGUGGAAGAAGUGACACUGCCAGUUAACACUGAUGAAACACUCACAUCUGUUGUAGAGGAAGACAGCACUGACUCUAGAAAGGAUGGUGAUGAUGAUGAAGCUGCAACUACUACCAGAACAGAAGAGAAGACGUCCUCUUGGUUAACAGGAAGGAGAGCAUCCUCUUCUUCUAGACACAAUUAUGUCUGUUCAUUUUGCAACAGGACGUUUGAUUACAAUUGUAGACUGGUGGCACACUUGAGGAAGUGCCGGAUUGCUAAUCCGAGGACAGUAAUUUGUGAGGUGUGUGGUGAGAAUAAACCAUCUAAGGGUGUGCUGCGGCAGCACCUCCGUGAGGCACAUGGCAUUACUCCUGUCAAAAAAAAUAAUAGAGUUGAUGGUACUGGGCAAAGUAUAACUUCUGUCUUCAGACGAAGGAGAAGAUCUUCUUCCUUUCCAAAACAGAGCUAUGUGUGCAAGUUCUGUAGUAGAAAAUUUGAUUAUAAUUGUCGAUUGUUGGCUCAUUUGAAAGUGUGCCGCAUUGCUAACCAGAAGCCAGUGACUUGUGAAGAAUGUGGGGAGACAAAGCCUUCCAAAUCUGUUCUAGACUGGCACCUCCUUGUAGCACAUGGUGUUAUUCCAGCUAAAAAGACAGAUGAAAGCUCUGCACAUCAAGGGAAUUCUGGCUGGAGGAAAAGGAGAACAUCUCCUUUUAUUAAGCAGAGUUAUACCUGCAAGUUUUGCAGCCGAAACUUUGAUUACAAUUGCAGACUUCUUACACAUCUGAGGCAGUGUCGUGUUGCCAACCAGAGGCCAAUAACAUGUGAAGAGUGUGGGGAGACAAAACCUUCCAAAGCUGACUUAGACAGGCAUCGCUUUGAGGCACAUGGCAUUACACCACUUAGGAGGCUUAAGAGGAGGCCACGGACAGUAUCUUGUGACAUUUGUGGAAAAGGCUUUGAUCAACCUUCAGGUUUGCAGUACCAUAUGCGGACCAAACACUUGGAACAAAAACCCUUUGCCUGUCAAGAGUGUGGAGCAAGGUUUGGAGCCAACUCCACCUUGAAGAACCAUAUGAGGCUGCAUACAGGUGAAAGACCCUACUACUGUGAGCGCUGUAACAUGGCUUUUACACAGGCUGCUGCACUUGCUUACCACAACAAGAGAAAACAUUCUGAAGAAUUAUUGAUUAUAAUAAAGGAAGAAGUGAAGGAGGAAGAGGAAGAGAAUCCAAUUGAGAAGGUUCAGACUGUCAGCUGUGAAGAUUCUGUAAUAGAGAUUGAUGAUGCAGAGACCAUUGACUCUGGAAAGGACGAUACUGAUAACUUUUUAGCUGGUAUUGGAUUGGAAGAGAUGUCAUUCUGGGGAAGGAGGAGGAGGAGGUCUUCAUAUUUUUUUAAACAGAGCUAUGACUGCAUGUUUUGUUGUAGAAGCUUUGACUUUAAAUGUCGGUUGAUUGCUCACCUGAGGAAGUGCCGCAUUGCUAACCAGAAGCCCAUAGUUUGUGAAGAAUGUGGAGAGACCAAGCCAUCUAAGGCUGAACUAAAUAAACACAGGUUUGAUGUACAUGGCAUCACCCCUCCUGUGAAAUGUAAAAAGGUAGAGGGAGGUGAGGGGGUGGGUGAAGAUGGAAUAGAACUAAAGCCUUCCACUGGAAGGAGAGGAAGAAGACCGUCUACAGGCCCCAAAAUAAGCUAUGUUUGCACUUUCUGUAAUAGAACCUUUGAUUACAAUUGCCGUCUGUUAGCACAUUUGAAAAAAUGUCGUGUUGCUAACCCAAUAACUUUGACAUGCAAAGAGUGUGGAGAGAUGAGGAAUUCUAAAGCUGACAUGGAGGCUCAUCGUUUUGAGGCACAUGGGAUACCCCCUGGAACAAAAGAUAGUCAAGAUGGGAAAACAUCCACUGGGAGGAGAGGUAGGCGGCCCUCUUCAGCACCCAAAGAAAGUUAUAUCUGCAGUUUCUGUAACAAGAUUUUUGAUUUUAACUGCCGUCUUGUGGUGCACCUAAAGAAGUGCCGCUUUGCAAAUAAAAAAACAGUAACAUGCGAGGAAUGUGGAGAAGUGAAGUCAUCUAAUUCAGCCCUCAAGAGGCACCGUUUUGAUGUACAUGGUAUCAGACCUUCAAAAAAGUGUAAAAAAGCAAAUUCCAGUGAAGAUGCAGCUGAUACACAAGAAGGAGAAAAGAAAAAUAAGUGGAAAAAAAAGAGUGCUUUUUCUUCCUCAGAACAGGUCUACAUUUGCAAGUAUUGUAACCGAAGCUUUGAAUUCAACUGCAGACUGGUAGCACACCAAAAGUUGUGCCGCAUUGCUAGACGAAGACUUUGGAAAUGUAGGCAGUGUGAAGAGACUAUGUCCUCCAUGGCUGAACUGUGGAGACACCGUCAAAAGGUGCACAGUAUUUACCCUAAUAAAAAGUGUAAGAAGAAAAAUCGUCCAGUGUCAUGUGACAUUUGUGGAAAGUGCUACGACCAAUCCUCAGGGCUAGAAUACCAUAAACGGACCAAACAUUUUGAUGAAAAGCCUUUCUCCUGUGAAGAAUGCGGGGCUACAUUUGCAGCCAACUCUACCUUGAAAAACCACAUGAGACUUCAUACAGGCGAGAGACCUUUUGCCUGUAAACACUGCAAAAUGUCCUUCAUGCAGGCUGCUGCUCUGGCGUACCAUAUCAAGAAAAAGCAUCCUGAAGAUUUUGAACACUCCCUGGUAAAACAUAAGGCAAUAAGAAGAAAGAAAAGAAGAGGCUGGCUGAGGCGAAGAUAUGAUGGACGUGCUGCAAACACAGUAGAUACACAGGAAUCCCAGGAAAAUGGCACGUCAUAAGCUCUCAUCCUUAAGCUAAUGAGGAAUCAGCAUGGUGAAUACUGCUGGGCAGGGAUCAGCUGGAAGAACACUAGUAUGUAAGAAGAAAACAGCCAGUCAGCCGUGCCCUCAGGAAGUCAUCACAACACACAAGAAGGGAUGUGUCUUUAUGAUUUAAGGACUACAAGAAAUUAGUGGUUGUAAAUACAAAAUAUGCCAUUUUGCCCUAGUAAUGGCAUAUAUUCUAUAAUUACGGUUCACAGUGAGCUAUUUAUGCCUUUAAGAAUUAUUGUAACUUGCUUGUUAAAGGGAAGCUAUCAUUUUCUGGUAUGUUUGACGGUUAAAUGGACAUUGCCUUCCCAUCCCAUUCCCAGACUGUUUAUGGAUAACUUAAGUGGAAUUUGAAGGUCCAUAACUUAGCAUUGUAUACAUGUAGGACAUGUUUACUAGCUUUUUUUAUCUAUUAAAUAUUAAAUCAAAUUAUGUGGUUAAAGACUUCAAAGAUGUUAAAAUCCAAAAAAAAAUCUAGAAUUUUUUUUGUAUUGAAUCUUCAGUAUAAUCUUAUUUAUCAUGAUCAAGUCCCUGUUGAUUGUAGGUAGCCUGCCUCCAUAUAUCCUGUACAGCUCCCACUAUGUUUGGGAGGUUAUUAGGCCAGUUCAUGGAGGGAGAGCUGUACCAUAAGGGUAGGGCCCACAGAAAGCCAGACUGCUAUUACUGGUGCUUUAUGUGGUGUUUUCCUCAUGUCAUGCAUCUUGAGAGCUUCUUGCUAGAAACGGGCACUCCUCAAAUAUUUGAGUUGAAACUUAAAGUUUCUGUCAUUCAUAGGUAGAUGUUUGGACCCCCUCCUCCCAAAAAGAAAAAAAAAACACUGUAUCCCUUUGGAUGUUCAGUUCUUAAACUUUUACUGUUUUCUAGUGACUUAAGUUUUCCAUUAAUUGCAGCUCAAAGUGAUCGGCACUGGUAAUGAUGUUAUUAUACCAGAUCAACAAACCUAGUCAUUGUAGUCUGAAGUUUGAAUUUGAGUACCGUAAUAAAUUAAUAUGUUAUAUUGUAUUUUUACAUAUGGCAAGUUGUCAUACUAGAAUACAGGUAUUAUAACCAUCAGCAAAAAAUUCCGUGGCAUAUUGCCAUUUUGUCUUCACUUCUGCUUCAGAGUGGAGGCAGUUAUAUUUCAGAUUCACUUGUGUCCAGUAUUUGGAACUUAUUCUUCCUGAAGGCAUUUUGCAUACAUAGAAAAUUAUGUUCUGUAACUAUGACAGGAGAUGUAACAUUUAUUUUUCAUGCCUCAGUCUUAAAAUGCUCACAAGGUUGUGAUUUAGCUUUUUCUGCCAUUCUUCUUGUCUGCCAUUGUCUUCAUAGCUUUUGUAAUUAUUUUUAAUCUUGCUUUGCGAAUAACUAUUGUGGCAGUCUGAGAGAUCCAUACAUGGAGUUUUUUUACUUUUCUCCAUAAAACUGGUAUUUUUCCCCUUGUAGUCUCUGUGGUUCCUCUUUCUACCUUUGUCAGUCAUGUACUGUAGCUGAGUGACUGUCUCACAUCA